GAGACGGCGGUCCUGAAAAGGCAGGUCGUGCCCCUGGACAAGGUUUGAAAGACCUAGUCAUCCUACUAUAUAUCGUAUUUAAACCGUAGGACUGGCAGGAUCCGUCUCCUGUCUUUCCCUUCAUGCCCCCUUCACACUCUGUUGCCAUCUUCUGGGAUUAUGAGAACUGCAGCCCACCGGCUAACGCGCCAGGCAAUGACCUAGUGCACAGAAUACGCCGGAUGGCUCAUGUCUUUGGUGGCGUCACGACCUUCAAAGCAUACACUGGUCUGUCAGACCCUUGCAGUUCCAAGACCUCCAAGAUGCGCUCCGAGCUCCAGUCCUCAGGGGUGUCCCUCAUAGACUGUCCACACAACAACAGAAAGGACGUUGUGGACAAGAUGAUUCUUGUCGACAUGCUGGCGUUCGCCAUUGAUAACUCACCAGAGGACGCCACUAUUGUGCUCAUUUCGGGGGAUAGGGACUAUGCAUACGCCGUCUCUACGCUUAGACUCCGGCAGUACAGGGUCGUGCUCAUCGCACCUCCGAUAUCCUCGCCGAGCCUGUGCCAGCAAGCGUCUAUCAUCAUCGAUUGGGACGUGGCGGUCCUAGCUAAGCGCUCGCCAGCCUCGUUUGAAGAACCUGUGCGGCAGCGGUAUAUGGACGAAGACAGAGAGCGCGUGUCGAACCUGUCGAACUUGGCACGUAACUUUGCAGGCGAUUCCAGUGCCCGUCCUGCGAGCAAUCCUGUGACACCUCCAUCGAAGCCUCGUCGUCUGAGCGCUAGAGAGCUUUUGCGUCCAUGCUUCGGGACCACCCCUAGUGCCCCUGCACAGACAUUGACGACUCGUGGGGCUGAUGACGUCUCCAGUCAGCCCCAACAACACCCUCCGCCGAAGCCGCCUGCGCCUACACCUCACCGAUGUCGAAGUGCCAGUCAGCCAGGCCAGCGUCCUGUCGUUUCCCCAGGUGUGCAAGUCAAUUCACAGGAGAUGACACCUACAUCCGAAGCCCUUAACAGAGGGUACCCAUCACCUAUACGGAUACAACCCGACUCGGAGGUGCUUAAGAGUUCUUCUACCCCGCCAGAGGGUGCCCGAGUAUCCACGGAUCCACGUUCUGAACACCCUACAUUUGCAGUGGCAAAACCAAUUACUUUGGCAGCUGACCAAGCUCUUUCGUCCUUCGACUUUACUAUGGGGAAGGACUCCGUAGAAAGAUGGUCUCAGCUUUUACCUGAUGCGUCGCUACCCCAAGGGUGCAGAACAGCUGACGAGGAGGUCACAGACCAGCAUUUAUCCGCGUCUGUUGAGACCGAUAUUGCGACGCCACCCAGAAACGCGACACCCCCCGCGGAUCCGACGCCACUUUCGUUUAACAGUUGCCGAUCUGAACUAUACUACAUGGCCAGAGAGUUCGAACCCACCUCGAGCACCGCCCAGCCAUUCCAAAGCAGUGUUCAUGUCGAACACGAAGCUCCCGAGGUGGUUGUUACCGAAGGUCACGGCAACUCAGCACCGUCCUCCUUUGAUGCUUCGGUACAGUCGACGCCAGCCGCGUACGGUGUUAGAGAGCUACCCGACGCAUCCCAUUUUGACAUCCUGUUAAAGCACCUACGCCUUAAGCUUCGCGAAGGGCAAGUGCGCGUCUUGCGGUCUUACCUUGCGGCGUGCAUGGCUGUGCACAGACCGGUGCUCGAAGCGGCUGGAGUACCGGACCUGAAGUUCAGCAAGUAUGUCAAGCUGGCGGCUCAACUUAGUUUGGUGAAUAUCGGAGGCGAGAAUAUGGAGUCAUGGGUGUCGUUGCAUCCGUCUCAGAUGACGGAUGAAGACCUGGAGCUCGCUGCUGCUGAGAACAUUGCUGCCAAAUACCAGGCCCGUUUGGCGGCCACACAUUCUCCUUUCGCAGCGCUCCAUUCCGCUCCGAUGCGCAAGUCAAGGAUGCAAGUUCCGAAACAGCUCCUUCCUUUGUACGAUAUCCUCAGUCGUGCGCAUGAGAGUGGGAUGGAACAGCCGUCUCGCACGGACGUCGCUGUCCAGCUCAUGAAGCUGAAGCCGACCGCGUACACCGAUGCUGGUGUUACCAGUUUCAAGGAUUAUGCUGCACUUGCAGAGAAGGCAAACCUCGUCGUACUCGGCCUUCAGAAGACGCAUGCCUGGAUGUGUUUGCAGCCACAGUGGAGAGGACUGGGUACUGACCAUGGCGGUUCUCCAGCUCCAGCGGUGACAUGGCCCAUCAACCAGGCCGGCAUGUCUUCCUUCUCUAAUCGGGCAUAUUCUACGGGUCCGCUAUCGACGAAUUCGCCCAUGUCGACGCAUUCGUCGCUCUCCACUAGCCAGGCGUGUUCGUCAAGCGAUGGCGUAUCGCCACCGUUCGCGCCUAGAAUACCCGCCGCGUUCGAGCCGCUGGUUGUCUGCCUCAGACAACUUCGUGCUAACGGGGAGCUGCAGCCUCUCCGUUCCAGGAUUGGAGCUUUGUUGACUCCGAAUGUCUACACCAACGCUGGUACCGCUGGGUUUAAAGAAUAUAUCAGCUCUGCCGAAGCGGCAAGCAUGGUGCAACUGGGUGGAUAUGGCGGUACCGCAUGGGUUGCGCUACAUCCUAGUAGGAUCUAAGGGAUAUAUAUCAGGAUCUACAGAUAGAUUUAACCAGUGAGCUAUAUAGUAGCUACGAACGCUUGUAUGUAUUGUAUAAACCUCUAGUCGCUAUAGCCAGCGUGUACAAACGUGUAGCAUAGUACAUGCACUCAUUCACUCCUUGGGACUGUGGUCCAUACCCG